CCAGCUUGCACCUGCAUCCACACCUCCCCAACUGCCCCUUCUCUAUCCUGAGCUUGCCCUUUCUGAAGCUAUCAUGUCUGCGACCAAGAGUGCUGGGGAUCCCCAGGUAGCCACCACUAUCAAGCUGGACCUCGUGUCGUCACCUGAGAGUACCAAGAAGGUGCAGAGCCAGGAUCCUAGUCUCGGGAAUGGGAGCGCCUCAGAGUCAUCGAAGAAGACCAAAGGCAUAACAGGGUUCCAGACAUUGGUUCACCUGGUCAAAGGCAACAUGGGCACGGGGAUCCUGGGACUCCCCUUGGCUGUGAAGAAUGCAGGCAUCUUGAUGGGCCCGCUCAGUCUGCUGGUGAUGGGCCUCAUCGCCUGCCACUGUAUGCACAUCCUGGUCAGGUGUGCACAGCGCUUCUGUCACAGACUCAACAAGCCCUUCAUGGACUAUGGGGACACAGUGACGCAUGGACUGGAAGCUAGUCCCAAUGCCUGGCUGCAAAACCACGCCCACUGGGGGAGGUACAUCGUGAUCUUCUUCCUCAUUGUCACCCAACUGGGCUUCUGUUGUGUGUACAUUGUGUUUCUGGCGGACAAUUUAAAACAGGUAGUAGAAGCUGUUAAUGGCACAACCAUCAGCUGCCACUACAACGAGACCAUAGAUCUGACACCCACCAUGGAUUCACGACUCUACAUGCUCGCCUUCCUGCCCAUUCUGGGGCUUCUGGUCUUCAUUCGGAACCUCCGUGUCCUUACCAUCUUCUCCAUGUUGGCCAACAUCAGCAUGUUUGUCAGCUUGGUCAUCAUUGCCCAGUACAUCAUCCAGGGAAUCCCAGACCCUAGCCAGUUGCCACUGGUAGCAAGCUGGAAGACCUACCCUCUCUUCUUUGGAACAGCCAUUUUCUCAUUCGAAAGCAUCGGCGUGGUGCUGCCUCUGGAAAACCAGAUGAAGGACGCCCGCCGCUUCCCAACCAUUCUGUCUCUGGGGAUGUCUAUCAUCACCACCCUGUACAUUGCCAUCGGGACCUUGGGCUACCUGCGGUUUGGAGAUGACAUCAAAGCCAGCAUCACGCUUAACCUGCCCAACUGCUGGCUGUACCAGUCAGUCAAGCUCCUGUAUGUCGUCGGCAUCCUGUGUACCUAUGCCCUGCAGUUCUACGUCCCUGCAGAAAUCAUCGUCCCCCUUGCUGUCUCCCAGGUGUCAAAGCGCUGGAAACUGCCCGUGGACCUGUCCAUCCGUCUCGCCAUGGUCUGCCUCACAUGCAUGCUGGCCAUCCUCAUCCCACGCCUGGACCUGGUCAUCUCCCUGGUGGGCUCUGUAAGCAGCAGCGCCCUGGCCCUCAUCAUCCCACCCCUGCUGGAGAUCGCCACCUACUACUCGGAGGGCAUGAGCCCCCUGACCAUCACCAAGGAUGCCCUCAUCAGCAUCCUGGGCUUUGUGGGCUUCGUGGUUGGGACCUACCAGGCCCUGGAUGAAUUGAUUGAGUCCGGGAACUCUCUCCCUUUCUCCAACUCCACUAUGUUUAUUCAGUGACAGAGCCUUCCCUCACCCACGGUGACUUAUGUGGUUUCACUUCGCCUUUUCUCUGGUCCAAGACAUGAAAAAUUCGCCAGACACAAGGUGCAGCUGGUCAUUUAAAAAAAAAAAAAAAGAGGACAAACCUUGGUCAUCCUCUGGUUUUCCACACAGUGGAGAGCUCUUCCGUGGAAGCUUUUAGAUUCCGCUCUCCUUUUUUUUUUUUUUUUUUUUUUUUAAUCUAAUUUCGUACCUUGUGUGGAGCUAUGCAAAAAGACACUAGGGGGCAGCAAUGACCAGCUUUUGGCAGAAGAAACUCUUCCUGUUCCUUAGUAAAGAGGUCACAUCCUUUUCCUGUCAGUGACUAGAAACACACUCACCUCAGCAUCAAGAUAGAGGGGGCCGAGUCCCAUGCUCAGGUAAAAAAGCACCGUCUGUGUUACAGAUCAGGGCGUUGAACUUUCUAAACCACUAAAGUUUUAGCCCAACUCAGAAACCCAGCAAGUGAAUAAGAAAAAAUCAGGGUCAAGCUGAUGAGCUAAGAGCACGAGGCAGCAGACACAGACAACACUGGAGGAGGUUUUUAUGUCUGAAUUCUUGCAACUGCAGUAAACAUUCUCAAUUGCCUACUGGUCACCAGACAUGAUUUGCGGUUCUUAGAUAAUUGCUUGUGUAAAAGUGUUUUAAACACCCUAUGACAAUGUAAUGUCGCAGCUCCAGCCACCAAAUGAUGGUCUACAUGUCACCCCUUGAGUCUUGACCUUGCAACUUGCUUUGACCAACAGUAAAUGUUUGGUGAGGGCUUCUACCCUGAGACUGCCAUCUCGUUCUGCUCUGUGGAGCUAAUUUGCUUUAGGGGUGUGUGUGUGUGUGUGUGUGUGUGUGUGUGUGUGUGUGUGCAGGCAUGUGUCCUCAAAGGCCACAGAAGAAUAUCAGAUCUCUUAGAGCUGGAGUUACAGGUGGUUGUGAACAAACUCGAAAGCAGCAAGCACUAUUAACCGUUGAGACACCUCUCCAGCCCCUGAUAUUCUUGUUGAGACCUAACUGGCUAUAGCUAAAUCUUGGAAUGCGUAAAAUAAGAAGCCCUGACGUAAGGGACAGAUGCAAGCUAGGGCUCAUUAGCAAUUACCCACAUCAUCUCAACUACCAGUGAGCAUAGCUGAGUGACAGCUCUAUUUUCAAGUUGUAGGUAUUAUCUGUUUACUCAGACCUGUACGUGAGCAAGAAUGGACAUGUGGCUUUUCCCCACCUCCACUAGAGAACCCUUCCUCCUCUUCCUCCUUUGAGGCAGGAUUUUCUUGCUUCAUAGCUGUAGCCGAGGCUGUUCUUGAAUGCCUAAUCUUCUGGCUUCCCUCUCCUGGGAUUACAAAUUCAUGCCACCACACCCAACUCAACUCCCCCUAGUCAAGGACUACAGAAGGCGUGUGUAAUCACCCUGAAGACACACCCACAGAUGAGGUGUGUUUCCAGAGAGGGUUGACAGAGAGACACACAAACCCCUCUUGGAUAUGGGCAGCCCCAUCCCAUGGGCGGGGUUGUGCACUGAAUAGAAAGAAAGAAUGAAAUUAAG